AGCGUUUCGUGGUCAGGAUGCGAUGCAACCGGUGCGCCUAUGUGGCAGCGUCGCUGCUGGCGCUAUGCUGCUGUAGCCCUAGCGGCCCUAGCAGCUUCGUAGGCAGCCGCAUGGUGCUGCAAAGACCGUCGGUGCCACGCAGCAAUAUCCAUGGCAGGAAUGGCAGGAAGGAGAAAGUCCGAGUAGCUCGCGAGGCCUUUGUGACUCCAGCCAUUCCGCUGGUGGGCGCAGCGUUGCUCUUCCUGGGCUUCCAGGCGUUAAACACGGAGGCAAGUGAUGGCGCCCUAAAAGAGUUGCUGCAGAAGUACACCAAGAUCCAAGUUGUGGACGUCACGCCGGACAUGGACAUCAGCAAGCAGAUCGCCAGCGGCGAAACACACCGCCCAGUACUGCGAGGGAAGAGUGCGAAAGAUGUUCAUUGGUAUGCGUUGAGUGAGGAAGAUCUGCCGCCUGUGAAGUGGUUCAUCCGUGACCCAGCAUGUUUGCGGCGCGUCUUGUUCGAGGGAGGCUUGGGAUUGGGAGAGUCCUACAUGGAUGGACAGUGGGAAAGUGACGACGUGGAGCGUUUGGUCUAUGAGCUUCUGCGAAUCGAAGAUCAGACCAAGGAGUUGGGAGCCAGAGAACUGCCUUUGAUUGCCAACAUUGUCUUUGGAGCCCUCCGAGGCAAGCUGUUGGAGCUGCCUGGAAACACCGUGGCAGGCGCCCAGGAGAACAUUGGUCGCACCUACGACGUGGAUACGAUCAAGAUCUAUGAGCAGAUGCUUGAUAGCAACAUGCAGUACUCCGUGGGCUACUUCUACGACCCGGACAUCACCCUGGAUGAAGCCCAACUGGCCAAGAUGGAAAUGAUCGGUCGAAAGCUGGACCUCAAACCAGGCAUGAAACUCCUGGAGAUCGGUUUCGGCUUCGGCAGCUUGGCUCACUUCCUGGCCACCAAGUACGAUGUGCAGAUCACUGCCGUGACCUUGUCCAAAGCGCAGAUGGAAUGGGCUCAAAAGCACUAUGGCCAUCCCAACAUCGACUUUCGCUAUGCCGACUACCGAGACGCUGAGGGACUCUAUGACCGAGUCUAUUCAGUGGGCAUGUUUGAACACGUGGGGCGGAAGUCCUUUGCCACAUACUUUGACAAAGUGUAUGACUGCCUCAAAGAUGAUGGCAUUUUCUUGCUCCACACUCUGGGCUGGGCCAAGCGGGGCGAAUGGAACCACAACGCCUUCGUGGGGAAAUACAUUUUCCCGGGUGGGGAGUUGCCGACCCUGUACCUCUUGACCGAGGAGUUUUCGGACAAAUGGCACUUGGAGGACUUCCAUAGCCUUGGAAAGUGUUACGUGCAAACCCUUCGAAGCUGGCUCAAUAACUUGAAGACUUGGGAGGGCAUGGACGAGUUCGAUACCAAAUUCAAGCGCAUGUGGGAAUAUUACCUUUCCUGUUGCGCAGCAGCCUUUGAAAAGCGAAGGACGAAAGUUUGGCAAAUGGUAUGGACUAAACAGCUGAGUACGAGGUUGGAUGACUGCCACCACAUCCGCUUGGUGGAUGGAAAGCCGCCCCAAUAGAUAUUUCCUGAGUCCCCACGGCUGUGCCGUGGUGAAACUAGGGCGCCAGAAGCCAAAGUGCUUGUGGAAUGCAGAGAGCCAGGGGAGGCCAUACAUUU